AUGAACUUUGGGUGGUGGAUUGAUUUUACUAAAACUGACGUAUUAAGCUUUUCCGUGAUUUUGGGACUGUUUAAAGUAAAUGGUCAAUCACUUUCAUCUUUCUUUUGGUUGGUAAUUCAUCAGUCGGUCAUACCAAGCAAUUUGCAAUAUGCAGCCAUAAUUGCUUUGAGAAGACUCCCUCUGGAUCCAGGAAAUCCUGCAUUUCUCCACCGGGCUGCACAGGGUGUUUUGUUCUCUGAUCCAGUAGCAGUGAGACAUUCCCUGGAAAUUCUAUCUGAAUUAGCUUCAAAAGAUCUAUACGCAGUCGCGAUGGCAUUAGGAAAUGUCCAACCUGGGGGGGCCCUGCACGAUGUCCUUCAUUUGCGUGACGUUCUUGCUAGAGUUGCACUUGCUAAGUUGUGUCAUACUGUGGCCAGAGCUCGAGUUUUGGAUGGCUGCAGGAUGGUACUGAUUAAGUAGAGAAAUUCUCAAACUUCCAGAUACCCCUUCUGUGAGAGAGAUGACUUCUGAUGAAAAGGAUUCAGCUCCACCAAAGACCACCAAGGAUAAAUCUGCAAAAACUAGGCGUCCACAACCACUGAUCAAACUUGUCAUGCGGAGAUUGGAAAGUUCUUUCCGGAGUUUCUCUCGACCUGUAUUGCAUGCAGUAAGCAGAGUUGUUCAGGAAAUGGGAAAAAGUCGUGCUGCUGCAUUUGCAUUAGGUCUGCAAGAUAUAGAUGAAGGAGCUGAAGUUAAUACUUAGUCUGAAAACAAUGACUCAUAUGAUCCAGAUAUAAAUCCAACUGCACCAUCAGAAGGUCGCAGAGUUCCCCCAGUAUCCAGUGGGAUUGGUUCGAAGGACACAAUUGCAAGUUUGUUGGCUUCACUAAUGGAGGUCGUGCGAACAACUGUUGCAUGUGAAUGCGUGUAUGUACGUGCAAUGGUGAUUAAAGCUCUGAUAUGGAUGCAAAGUCCAUAUGAAUCUUUUGAUGAACUGGAACCUAUAAUUGCUUCUGAGCUCUCAGAUCCAUCUUGUCCAGCAACUUUGUUAAAUGAUAUAUUGCUCACGCUGCAUGCUCGUUUCAAGAUAAUAAAGACGGAAGGAGACUGGUUAAUAUUUCUAAACAUUAUCCCCUCUGGUUGCCUUUUUCCUAUGAGAGCUUAAACUUAUAGAUGCCUUCCUUCUUUUCCUCCUUCCAGCCUUAAUGUGCUUGUAUAAGUACGAAUGUGAUACUGUUAUUAUUAUUAUUAUUAUUAUUAUUAUUAUUAUUAUUAUUAUUAUUA